AUGAGAGCCAUUUUAGUAAGCUGGUUACUUGAAGGUCAUGAAAAGUUCCAAUGUUAUCCAGAGACAUUAUAUCUAGCCAUAAACUUGAUGGAUAGAUUUCUUUCAAAAAAUAAAGUAACAUUAAGUAAAUUACAAUUAUUGGCAGUGACCUCACUUUUCAUUGCCUCUAAAUUUGAAGAGGUAAAUCUACCAAAGUUAUCCGAUUAUGCAUAUAUUACAGAUGGUGCAGCAUCUGCCCAAGAUAUUAAAAGUGCCGAAAUGUACAUGCUGACAUCUUUGCAAUUCAACAUCGGUUGGCCAAAUCCAAUGAACUUUCUACGAAGAAUUUCAAAAGCAGAUAAUUAUGACUUCGAAACUAGGAAUAUUGCAAAGAUUUUAUUAGAAUAUGCCAUUUGUUGCCAUAGAUUUGUAAAUGUCAAACCUUCGGUAUUAAGCGCUAUAGCAAUGUUUAUAGCAAGAAGAAUAACAAAAAAAUCUAUCAUCUGGGAUGAAACUUUUACACAUUAUAGUGGAGGCAUCGAUGCACUAAAUGACCCACAAUUCAAGAGAUACUGUAAAGAUUUAAUUCAAGAAGUAUCAUCUCCAUCUACUAAAUUAGAUUCAUUAAUGAUUAAAUUCAGAGAACAAAGAUACAGAGCUCUGUUCUCAAAAGUACUUCAUUGGUGCCGUGAACAAAACGAAAAUGGCUUUAACAAAUUAUUUACAAAUUAA